UUUUAUCUCUUAUCUUAUAUCGUUUCAAGUAUGUGAAAAACUCAUUAUCUACGAUAAGGUAAUUGUAGCACAACCUUAAUCCAAUUAACGACAUCUGUUAACAAAUGCGCGGGUACUAUUGUGGCCUUUUCAAUUAUUCAGCCUCAUCCUCUUAAAUUGUUUAUGAUUGUUCACUUGUUAACGGUCGACAUCAUGUGGAUAGCAUUCCAGUGAGAGCACGAAAAUGGAGCAGAAACUAAGCAACUUGAGGAGCCUCUUCAAAGCCCAGUCCCCGCAAACCGAGUCCGGGGAACCGCAAAUCGGCUUCAAAAUGACCUUCUCCAAAAGCUCCAAGCAGCUGAAGAUCAAAGUGAUAAGUGCUAGGCACCUUCCAGUGAACUACGGCAACAUCAAACCCAAAGGAUAUUUAGUCAAGAUAACAGUCUUUCCGGAAAAAGAGAAAUACGAGACUUCUGUUGUGAAAGAAUCGUGGCCUACGUUCAACGAGGAGUUUCCCUUCACGCUGCACUCCACUUCCAAGCACUACCAAGAUUACUUCAAGGGCAAGUUCGUGUCCUUCACGGUGUACGCGGUUCUGGAGAACACCACGGAAACGGUGGCCAAGAAGCACUCGACGUCGAAGCUGAAGAGGUUCUUCUCUUUUAGUGAGUUCGGGGAGAACACGACUAGGUUUAGGAGGAGCUUUCGGCAUUCGUUGAACAGCAGGAGGACGGUGGGUGCCGUUACCUAUAAUCUUGAUUCGAAAAUCUUUAACCAGAAGCUAGGGGAUGACCUCAUAUGUACGCCGGAUAUUUGGAGAGGAAUCAAGGAAAUUACUAGCGGAAUACAAACCGAGCCACGCGAAGGUAAAAACGGGAGCGUGGAAAUGACCCUUUCUUACGCCAUCAGCGAAGACCGAACCAACGACGUCGUCGAGGUCUCCAUAACCCGAUAUCGAUGCAGCUUGCAAACCAUGCAGCAGCAGGAAAAGCUCGGGGGGCAGCUCUACAUCAAAAUAACCGCCUUCGAGCACGAAGAUUUAAUCCAGAAAAUGAAAAGCGACCGCUUCGACCCCACGAUUUCCCUAAAACUUGAAGCCAACACCGCCGCUCUGCGAGCUCGAGUGAACAACUACAACCUGGAGCAAGUCAAGAUUUUAGUUAGGUUAAUCUGCAAGAACAUACUAGGGAAGAAAGUGGUCUUGGGGAAAAUCGAAAUCGACAGCAACAGCGACUUGUGGAAAGAAAUUGUGAGGACGCCGUCUGUUCCCAUAACGCGGAUGAUCAAUUUUGAGUAAUUUUGUACUUAGUCCGAAUCGAUAAGACUGCAAAUGGUGCCAAAAAGAACCACGCCAAGUUUGUGGUUGCGAUAUUUUCAGGAUAUAUGGAGUUUAUUUAUUGUAAUUUAUACUCGGAAUGAAUAGAUUUUUUUGUUUGAAAAGGUCA